AUUUAGAGUUGGCACGUUGCCGCCGGUGGUGAGACGAUUGUUCCGGGGAAGGGUAGGGUAAAAUUACAGUACAGAGGUCAGAGGGGCAAUGGACGCGGAGGCCAACUCCUCAAAUUUUCCACUACCGGAAGCAUUCCUUGAAUUUCUGAAUCAGAAUGGCAUAGACCCUUCCAUUUACGCUGCCUCCGAUUCAAUACCUCGGUAUAUUAGGUUAAAGCCAGGUUAUGAGACUUAUAAAGAAGAAAUUGAAGCUGAUGUUGGAUGUAAACUGGAAAAGGUGUCUUGGUUGCCGGAUUUCUAUUAUCUUCCACCUGAUGUUCGAAUAGCUAGCUCAAAGGCAUACCAAGAAGGAAAGAUAUAUGGAAUCGAUGCAGCAUCUGGAGCUGCUGUUUUAGCUCUGGACAUCUCAGUAGGAGAUCAUGUCCUUGAUCUCUGUGCUGCUCCUGGUGCUAAACUUUGUAUGAUGUUGGACAUUCUUGGCAGCUCUGGUUCUGUGACUGGUGUUGAUGUUGCAAAACACCGCUUAGCAGCUUGUAGAAGCAUGCUACUUAAAUAUGCACUUGGUGAUCAUUGUCGUCUAUUUGUUGCUGAUGGAACCACAUUUUCUCUCCCCCCUGUUAGUGCCAAUCUGGUUUCAGAAUCACGGAAUGAAUCUGAAGAAGUAUACAAGGAGUGGAAGUCGUGGAGACCAUGGAAAGAGAGGAAAAGGGAAGCUAUAGCAAGGGAAAAGGGCCUUUCUAAAGUAUUCUCAUCAACUCAAGAACCAGAGCUUAUAUUUUAUGGAACAAAUUCUGGGGUAGUUGGGCUGACAAAAAAUAAAUUAUAUCAGCGGGCACAUUGCGGUUAUGUAUUUGAGUUUGGCUAUGACAAGGUUCUUGUGGAUGCAGAGUGUACUCAUGAUGGUUCAAUCAAACAUAUCCAAAAAUUUGAGCAGUGGGGCUGGACGACUUUCCAGCGCCGCGUAUUGGAUGCAGAGAGAACUGAUGACCUGGCCAUCCUUCAGCUUCAACUUUUAACAAAUGGGUUCAAAUUGCUUAAAGUGGGAGGGUUCCUUGUCUACAGCACUUGCAGUUUAACUGAUGCACAGAAUGAAGAUGUAGUGGAUAAGUUCCUUUCAGAGAACAGCUCUGCAGAGUUGCUUGAGAUUGAUGCUGCCAGGAAUUGGCCAUGUAAGAGCGGGCGGAUACCAAAAACCCUGCGCUUUGAUCCUCUCACAUCUUGCACUAGUGGACUCUUUGUUGCAAAGUUCACAAAACUAGCGAUUUAGGACAAAUGGUUACUAUUGAGACCAGUGUUAUUGCAUAUUAUCAACUCGAGAAUGAAGGGAUCUCUGCAGAUUGUUCAUGGAGGUGGAGCGCUGUCUUCAUGGAUCAGAUUGCAGCACAUUACAAAGAAGCAUAGAUCAGAUCCAUGGAUAAAAUGCAAAUGAUUUAGCUAAUUCUAUUAACAUUAAAAAAUAAAUUUAUAAUGCACCAGAUGCUUUUGAUUUUUAUUGAGCACCCUCAAUAGUUUGAAUUUUUA